AUGUUGCACCCUCCGGCGAAGCCGCACCGCCAGAUCCCGCCGGAUCCUGUCAGAUCCGGCCGGUCUCGCCCGUUUCCGCACGCCGCCGCCUCCGUGCAACCGCCCCGUUGUCGCCUGCGUUCUUCUCCUCAUCAGGAUCAGGAGGAGUGCCGCGCCGCCCCGUUGACCGCGAGGCUAGAGCGGUUCCUCAUGGCCGAGGAGCGCCUCGCCUCGCCCGGACCGCUCCAGCCCUACAGCGCCCCGGCCCGCGUCGCCCCGCGCGGCCCAGCUGGCCAGCAGCGGCCCGGGGCGGUGCGGUGCGCCGGGUGCCUCCAGCACCCGUCCGCCGCCGCCGCCACCACCAAGGCGCGGGACAAGGCCAAGGGCGCACGCAAGUUGCGCGCCGCCGACGUCGCCCUCAACCACCGCCUCGUCUCCUAGCGCGUCGGCAGCGGCGCCGGGCCCGCCACGGGCGGGUACAACUACAGGGGCGCCUCCGCAUCCGGCGUGCUUGCCCACCUCGCCGACGGCAACAGCUCGCAUGCCGAGGUCGAGGAGGAGGACGAUGCUGAUCUCGAAGUCGCCGCCCCGAGGGGGAUCUCUGACAUGUACGGCCUCAUCAUCGGCCUCCAGGCUGCGCCCGGAGGCCAAGAAGACGACCCAGACGGCACGGCGGCAGCGGCGGACACCGACAAAAUCGAGGACCAGGAUGCUGAAAUUACCGAAGAUGUCGACGAGGAUGAGGGGGACAACAACGCCGGGUUCUGCGUGGUGCGGGGCAUCACCAUCGCGCUCGAGUUCUCCGACGGGGAGGAGGAGUGGAUCGUGGUCUGA